UUCACACAACUUGGUCAACAAAUCUCAGCAAUGGGUAUUUCCUAACCUAAACUCUGUCAUCUGUAUAACUCUAUAAAUACAACACAAAUGCUUCAUAACAUAAGAAACCAAAAUCUUGCAGACACAACACAAUCUAGUUACAACCUGCGAGAUCAUGCCAAACAACACAUACCAAACGUGGACACAAACAGGGUCAUUCAUGGCCUCAAUCAUGUUCAUCUACGCCAUGUUCAUGCGCUUGGUUCCUUCAACUCUUCAAACCCGUGUUCGAAGGUACACCAACAAAUUCACCACCUUCCUCUACCCUUACAUCAGAAUCACCUUCCACGAAUUCACAGGCGAACGCCUCAUCAAAAGCGAGGCCUACGCUGCAAUCCAAACCUACCUCAGCGAACACUCUUCGCAAAGCGCCACAAGGCUCAAAGGAGAAGUCGUCAAAGUGAAAGACACAUACAACCCUGUUGUUCUUAGCAUAGACGAGAACGAAGAGAUCGUAGAAGAGUUCCAAGGGGUGAAGUUAUGGUGGGGUUCGUACAAAAUCACCCCCAAAACUCACUCCUUUUCUGUGUUUCGUUCUUCGGACGAAAAAAGGUUCUACAAACUCACCUUUCACAAACGCCACAGAGGCCUCAUCACCGAGACUUACCUCAGACAUGUUUUGGAAGAAGCGAAGGCCAUUGAGACGAAGAACAGGAAGCUGAAGCUUUACACGAACAGCAGCACGAGGUGGAGCCAUGUGGGUUUUGAGCACCCGGCAACUUUUGAGACUCUUGCUAUGAAUCCAAAGGAGAAGGAGGGUAUCAUGAAUGAUCUUGUGAAGUUCAAGAGUGGGAAGAGUUAUUAUGCUAAGAUUGGGAAGGCUUGGAAAAGAGGGUAUCUUCUGUAUGGUCCUCCAGGCACAGGGAAAUCUACCAUGAUAGCUGCAAUGGCUAAUUUCAUGAACUAUGAUGUGUAUGAUCUUGAACUCACAGCAGUGAAGGACAACUCAGAUUUGAGGAGGCUCUUGAUUAACACUUCAAGCAAGUCAAUCAUAGUGAUUGAAGACAUUGAUUGUUCUCUUGAUCUCACUGGUCAGAGGAAGAAGAAGAAGAAGAAGGAGAAAGUUGAGGGUAGGGAAAGAAAAAGUAGUGAUGAAGAUGAUGAUGAUGAUGAUGAAGAGAGGGGAAGUAAGGUAACACUUUCUGGACUGUUGAAUGUUGUAGAUGGGAUUUGGUCAGCUUGUGGAGGAGAGAGGAUCAUGGUUUUCACAACAAACUUUGUGGAGAAACUUGAUGCUGCUUUGAUCAGAAGAGGGAGAAUGGAUAAACACAUAGAACUUUCAUAUUGUUGCUAUGAGGCAUUCAAGGUGCUUGCGAAGAACUACUUGGAUGUUGAGUCUCACCAUUUGUUUCCUAGAAUUGGGAAGCUGUUGGAAGAGACCAAGAUUACUCCUGCUGAUGUUGCUGAGAAUCUGAUGCCAAAAUCAGUUGAUGAAGAAGUUGACACUUGAUUGCAUAGCUUGAUUCAGUUUCUUGAGAUCGCACAAAGGAAGCAAAAGCAAGUCAAUGCACCAGAGAGUAAAGAUAUCAAACAUGGUGAAGUUGUAGUGGAAGAAAAUGGUGUCAUCAAUUAGUUGUUUUUUUUUUUUUUUCUUUUUCUCUUCUCUCUAUCAUUGAGCUUGUUUACUUGGAAUUGUAGAAUGUGACGUAUAUCUGUAUUUGAACUUUGACUUCAACAUUGUUUGCAGGAUUUGAGUAUAUGUAAUUGUCCUAUGUUUGAACAUCUUGAUGGACAGAAAAUUAAGGUUCACGUUGUUCAAAGUUUUAGUAUAUUUGGUUCA